AAAAAAACGUCAUUUUAUUUGUCAUAUUUCGACAAAUCGUAGCUUUAAGUUAAUUUUUUAAUAGUUUUAUAGAUUAUUUUAGUGAAAACCCCAAAUUUUUGGUUAAAAUGGCAUCCGGAGAACCCAAUCUACAAGACUGUCCGUACAUUUGCCCGAGCGAGCGAGGGAAGCACCCGGGGUCGCAGCAGUAUGGCGUGGCGGGCGGCGGCUCGCACGAGAACCCCUACGAGCGGCCCUACGUGCCCGGCCAGGUGCAGCCCCCCGUGCACAAGGUGUACCCCGCCGGCUCCCCGCCCACGUACCUGCCGCAGCCCACCGAGAGCACCAGCGGAGACUUCCUCGGCAUGAGCGGCGUCGGGCCCUGGGCCGCCGGCCACCUCGACUGGACCCCGCAGGCCGGCAUCACCGGCGUGCGCCCCGUCGUCGACAAGUACUCCAUCACCAGGUACUCCACCGGCGAGUGGAGGAGGAACAACGAGGCUGUCCUCACGCCCCGCGCCACCGACAAGGCCAUAGCCAUGGAGAAGCAGUUCAAAAAAGAGAUAGCGGACACUUUCGACCAGAUUCAGAACGCACAGAACGACUCCAACAACAAUUUAAAGAAAAGAGUUAAAGAUUUGUCGUCGUGGCAGAAGAAAGUCGAAGCCGCGGAGCACGCCAUCACCGAGGAAAUAAACAUACUGGACGAAUACAGGGCGAGAUUGAAGGCCGCCUGUCGGAUCCUCAUGCUGCCCGAAGCUAUCGCUAAAGAAUGCCUCGAACUGAGAACGAGUCGCUACGAGCCCGACCUGGUCCGAGAUGACGCCGAGCAGGAGCUGGUCAACGAGGUCGCGAUAGUCGGCGAAAUACGGAGAGUUUUCACCGAAACUCUGGCCAAAGCCGAGAAUCAAAUGUUGAAAAAUAAGGCGGCCAAAGCGGCUAUCGAGUCGGACUGGAGUGAUAAAAUGUUAACUUUAAAAGUUGACAAAAAGAAUUUAAGAAUGUCACCAGAAUCUUCCCUGAUCCUGGCGCACCCCGGUGUGGCCAGGUGGCCCGAAAACGGUACCACUAAAGAGUACUGGGAGCAUUACUGCAGCGAAAGCAUCAGGAACUGUGACGACGUCAGACACGAGUCCGAGAAUUUACGAGGCGACCUGAUGACCGCUAUCACGAAAGGAGCUCAGGACUUAAAGACUCAAGGCGACAGGACGAACAUGGCGUUGGUAGAUUCAAUCGUAGCCACGCAGCAGUGUUGCGACCACCUCGAGAAGAACCUGAAGGAGAAUUUGCAGAAAACUGCCGACGUGGAAAACUUGAUCGAUUAUCUUAAUGAGUCUCUGAGGAAGGUCGAUGCAAGCACGAAGUUGUCCGAGACGCGGUUGCACGGGAGGAACUACGAGCGGCCGAACGUGGAGAACUGUAGAGAUGAAGCUCAGUACGCGCUGAUAGCGGAGCACAAGUUGAUAAAGGAGAAGGCGGAGGCGCUGCGGGGGCAGGCGCGGCAGGCGGAGGCAGUGCGCAGCGAGCUCAUGAAGUACCGCGGCGAGCUGGAGAAGGAGAUCGCCUGCAAGAGGAAGAGCCUGAGUAUCAACGAGGAUAGGUGCGCCAGGGCGAGGGCCCACAUGCCCACGCCGGAGGAUUUCGCCGCGCUCUGAGAUUUUAUGUCGUUGCUCAAUAAAUAACUUGUGCAUGAACAA